AUGGCUACCGCAGGCGUCACCGAGCUCGAGCCUCCUCCCACUGACUUGAUCACUCUUACCCGUCAUAUCCUCAGCCAGCAGUAUGCGCUCGGCGAGACGGCUACGGGGGACCUGACGAUGUUGCUCGUGGCUAUCCAGGUCACUUCGAAGUACAUCUCCUCGAACGUCCGGAAAGCCCGUCUCAUCAACCUGGUCGGUCUUGCCGGCGCGAGCAAUGUUCAGGGCGAGGACCAGAAGAAGCUGGACGUAUUGUCGAACGAUAUCAUGGUGAAUGCGCUGAGGGCGAGUGGGAAGUGCUCCGUGAUGGUCAGUGAGGAGGUGGAUGACACUAUCGUUGUCAAGGGCUCCAAGGGGACCUAUGCUUGCGUGUUUGACCCCCUUGACGGUUCGAGUAACAUCGAUGCCGGUGUGAACGUUGGUACCAUUUUCGGUAUCUACAAAGUCUCAGAAGGGUCAGAGAGGGGUAUGAAGGACGUUCUCAAGCCCGGAAAGGAGAUGGUUGCUGCUGGAUACACCAUGUACGGUUCAUCCUGCAACCUGGUCCUCUCCACUGGCCAGGGUGUUGACGGUUUUACACUGGACGAGUCCCUCGGAGAGUUCAUUCUCACCCACCCCGAAAUCAAGAUCCCCUCGCGAGGCAAGAUCUACUCUUUCAACGAGGGAAACUCGAUGCACUUCUACCCGCCCGUCAUCAGCUACCUCGAGUCCAUCAAGUACCCGGCGAACGGCAAGCCGUACUCGGCUCGAUACAUUGGAAGUAUGGUUGCGGAUGUGCACAGGACUUUGCUGUAUGGAGGUAUCUUCGGCUACCCAGAUGACAAGAAGAGCAAGGACGGCAAGCUGAGGAUGCUGUACGAGGCCUUCCCAAUGUCAUUCUUGAUCGAGCAGGCCGGCGGUGUGGCUACUACCGGUACCCAGCGCAUUCUCGACGUCAUCCCCAAGAACAUCCACGGCCGGUGCCCCGUCUUCAUGGGAUCCUCGGAAGACGUCGAAGACCUCAAGAAGCACUAUGCGGCGUACGACGGCGAGAAGAGGUGGUAG